CAUCUCUGUCGUGUUUGUCUCCUCCACAAUCUCUUUGCAUUUGCAUCACCAACUCCACGCUACGUCUCCCGCUUCGACGGGAAGAAGCAGCAGCAGCAGCAAUCGCAAUCGCCAAACCUCAAAACUCCGUCGACCUCGUUCAUCCUCGCGACCUCUACAGCUUUGCGCAAUUUGCCUUGAUUUCGAAACCUCGGACUUUCUCAGUCGAUACCGAUAAACAAACCUAGUGUUGUAUACCACUACUACAUUCUACAAUCGCAACAAAUCACCAACGCCCAUCCAAUCGUCAUACGAGGGCGCACACACCGUGCUUUGAUCAGAGUCGGGAUUAGGCUUUCCAUAGUCAUGCCUUCGAGGUGGCGGCGCCCUCUCACAUGCCGCCUCCAUCCUCUCUGCCCCUCCACCACCGAGAUGGCAGGGCCGGGUUACCACAGUUAUCCUCUUCGCGACAGCAGUUCGGAGUCGGAAAUACCAAUACCAACCAUGCGGGCACCAGCGCCAACACCAAUACCAGCUUCCCCCACAAUAAUGAGCCGUACUACUCUAAUCAAGACAUCGAGCUCCUCCACGAAAUCGUCACCCUCGCCGAGUCCAUCCUCCCCUCCCUGCCCGAGCGCGACCGGCUCCCCACGAACGCGCUCUUCCAAGCCGCCGAACAGAUCCUCCCCGCCCAUGGCUACCCAGAUCCGGACCAGGCGCCCUCGCAUAUCUCGCGGCUUAUCUUUAAGAUUGGGGGCCAGCGAUGCGCGCCGAACGCGAGAGGGGAAACAAGUUUGCUGGAUCGGUUUCGAACCGUCUUAGCGGCUAUGGGCAUUAUGUUGGAGUAUGUGCCUAGUAGUCCGGUGGGGAGUCGGGAUCAUUCGCCUGCUGGGGCGGCAAGAGGGGGGUUGACAGCAAGGGAUAAGGCUGCUAGGUCCAGGUCGAGGAGUGUCUCGGUGUCGGGCAGGUCGCUGGGUGGGUUUUCGUCCGUCUUUAGUGAUGACGAGGACGUGACGGGCGGCGAACUAGAUAUCAAAUUGCGACGGUUACUGCCCAAGAGGAGACACAGUUCCGUCUCGAGACCGCUUGCGCUUGGAGGACUGCCGAUCCGGUCAAGGGCACGGUCGGCGAGUUUUACGGAUCCGAAUGCCUUGCCGGGGGAUACACUUCGGGGCGAGAGGGCGAGGAGAUUGGAAGCGUUGGCGCAACAACGGGAACAGCAGCAACGAGAAAGGGAGCAGCUGUUGAACAAAAGGGGGAGAUCACCGGAGAAAGGCCAGGGGAGGAGGAGGAGCCAGUUGGCUUCGAGGUCCAAGAGUUCGGUACGCGAUUACGGCCAUGACGGGCGACCUUUCCAACCGCAUAACCCCGUGCUGGACAAGGUCAGACACAUCCCUAGCGUAUUCGGAGCACCGCAUCACUACGACAAUGCCGAAGUUGCCGCCGGCGCCUUGCCCGCAUACGCCAGACCGAACAAAGAACGACCACGGCCCAUGUCCUUCUCCUCAGUAGGCGAAACCGACCUCAACCACAAAUCCCCUCGAACCGAUUUCUCCGAACUCCAUCGCGCCACCAGCGACACCACCGUCAACACCAAAGACGAGCCCCUUCUGCCUAGCAGUCACCACCAUGCCUUUACUCGCCCCCACGCCGACCCCGAAUACCAAGAAGCAAAAGUGCGCAUGUUCCGAACCGAAGACGACGCCUCCCUCCUCCGCGACGCCUUCGCAUCCUGGCACCAUCACUUCAACCGCCACCAGCGCGACCACCACCGCCUCUUAUCCCUCGCGACGCAAAUCGACGACCAAGACAUCAAGACCGAAGUCCUGGAGAUAUGGCUCGAGGAAACGAUCGCCGUUGUCCAAGAGCGCGAGCGCCGCGAGGCUGAAGCGGAGUACGAAGCGUGGGUCGACAAGAUGGAGCGGCGCGCUACACGUGUGUACGAGGUUUUCACGAUACAGAAUAUGUUGAACUUCUGGCAGGAUCAGGCCAGGGAAGAGCUGGACCGUACCGCGGUUGCGAGACGGCAUCUGGUACGGAAGAGAGCGUUUGAUGCGUGGAGAGCGCAGCACAUCCAGGAUGAGACAAAGGCGAGGAACUUUGUGCUUAUUCAUGCGCUGCAAAGGUGGACGGCCGUGGCGCUUCAUCAGGAAGUUAGGCGACGUGUGGCCGAGCAGACGGAAGAGAGGGAGACGAUGAGGGAGGGGAUGGUGCACUGGUAUCGGCUGCAAAAGGGGAGGGUGGCGGAUGAUUUUGCCGUGUUUAAGGCGAUGAAGGGGAGUUUGACGCACUGGGCUACGAGGACGAAGGAGGUGCAGGAUGAUCAUGAGGUGGCUAUUGCCCUGGAUGAGAGACUACUCCUCGACGAGGCGGUUAAUAUCUGGCAAGAAGAGGCGGAGGAUCUCAGGUACACGGGGUAUAAGUGCAGAGUGCACAAGGUUACACGGGAUUGUCAGAUUGUUCUGGCUGAUUGGCACGAGCAGAGUCGGUUGUUGCGGACACUUGGGAAGUUUCGCGCGGCUGACGAGCGUACGCUGAAGUGGAACGGUCUUGAGCAUUGGCGGGAAGAAGCUGAGUACGCCCGUCGGGAUGGUCUGCUGGCUGAUGCUGUGUUGCUUCUCAAUCCCGUGGACACCUGGAAACUGGAGCUGAAGCUCAAGCUCUGGAAUAUCCGCGAAGACGAAGAAACCCUCGAAGACACCUUGACUCACUGGUUCCUCGAGCAGCGUCUGGCCUUGUUUCAGCACCACGCCGCCUCCACCACCAAAAAGUCCGUCCUCUCGACCUGGCUCUCCGCCACCCAGACCUCCCUUUCCAUCCGCCAACGCUCCGAAUCCGAAGCCGACUACCUCUACUCCGACCACCUCCUCUCCUCCUGUCUCUCAACCUGGUUGGACGCCUCCAACGCCAUCUUCACCCCCCGCCACAACGCCAACCUGAUCUGCCUCUACCGCACCACCAAGCCGUGCUUAGACCGAUGGCGCGAAGCCCUCGUCUCUUCCACCACGCGCAAUGCCUACUACCUCCGCAAUGCCUCGAAGCAAUCUAAACGCUUCACCAUCGCCUCCGUCCUCGACCGCUGGCCUUUCUUAGCCGAACAAGCCCGUCGCGAAAGGAUGAUGACCUCCUUACGCUCCUUCCGCCGAUCCUACAAGAUUUCCCUAGCCCAGUCCUGUCUAAGUACCUGGUUCAACGCCCUCCUAGAGUCCGAUGACCUGUCAGCAGACGCUGACGCCCUCCACCUCGAUCACAACCACUCCGACCUGUACGAAACCCUCUCCUACUGGACUACCAUCUCCCGCCGGGCGCAAGAGAUAAGGGACGUUGCCGCCGACGCCGAGCUAGAGGGGUAUCUAGAGAACUGGAUGGAUAGCGCGGCGGAGAUGAGGGAGGCAGAGAUGGAUGCGGAGGAGUGGGAAGCCGUGGGGACGAUGAAGGGGUGUUUGCAGAGGUGGGAGCAUGAGGCGCUGCAUUUGGUUGCUAAGAGGAAUGCGGUGAAGGCGCUGAGGGAGAGGGAGGAGAGGCGGAUGGCGGUGGGUGUGUUGGAGGGGUGGUGGGGGGUUGUUAAUCCCGGGGCUGUUAGAGAACGACAGAUGGGGGUGGGGAUGGGGGGAGAGUUUAGUAUGCUUGAUCCCAGGAUGAGUACGUUGUUGAGUUCGAGGAGGAGUGUGAGGCAUAUGGGACGGUAUCGAGAUCGCGAAAGGGGGGGAAGUGAUACGACAGCGACAAACUUGGGCAAUAGUGUUAGCCAGUGGUUUGUUAACUCGGAGAUGCCACCUGAGCGUGAGAGGGAGAGGGAUAGGUCGGCGUUUCUUUUCCCCCCGCCAUCGGCGGCGGCACCAAGUCGACAAUCGGUUCAGCUUCCUAUCCGAUCUGCUCCCCCAUCAGCUGCCCAACAACCAGCUCCGCCACCACCAAAGGCACCAAAGGGAUACCAACCAUACCACCCCAACCCCGAUCCUCCCGUUACUUCCUACUCCCGCCCAGCAAGUCGCACAGCAAGUCGACCGGCCAGUAGACUCGCGGCUUCAAUACCGGAGACACCCAUCGUCUCAGCACCCUUCGAGAAACCAACAGGAAGAAGCUCGGAUAUGCGUCCGACGAAUCUUUCUGCUCGGCUCGUCAACGCCCGAAAUAAUCCCUCUUCCAGUUCGUUUCGGGCCAGUCAGACCCUCGCAGCAGAGGCUAGCAACCUCGGUCUAGGCCCCAUGGACUUUGACGACGACGAGGAGGAGUCGUUCCUUCCAGACUUGGAUGUCAACGAUCCGGGGUUUAUGAGCACGCCUAGUAGAGUUAGGCGGGCGCCGCCUUUGGGGCAUUCCCAGAGUCAACCUGUUAUUCAAGCCACUGGGAACACUGUUUUCGCUUCUCAAUCCCAAUACCACCAACCUCGGUACCAACCACAACCCACCCUACCAGACGACCGCUCAAGACCAGAAAGAUCAGAAAGAACAGAACGAUCAGAACGACCAGAAAGACAAGAGCGCUUCAACGCCCGAAAAUCCCUCUUCCGCCCAUCCACCGCUCCUCCCCCUUCCGCUCCUUUCUCAGGUUAUCCGCCUUUUUCGGGACCACCGACGGCACCUUCAACGUCGGUGGGGACAAGCACGCCGAGUGCCAUACUGGCGAGUCCAAGGGAACGGGAGUUAAGGAGGGUUUACGCGGAACCGGGAGUGGGGAAUACGUCUGGUAUCCUCAGAGGGGGAAGGGAGUGGACUGAGAGGGACAAAGGGGAUAGGGAUAGGGGGGUUUUCUUUUCGGAUAUUAGGGAGGAGAGCGCUGAGGGGUGAUCACUGUUCUUCUUCAGAGUGUUGAACGGGGUGUGAUGUCGAACAUAUUGUGUUGGAUAGGUUGUUGAGCAAACGAGGAAACAUGGGAGCAAGGCGUUGCAAGGGGGAUAGGGAAAAAGGUGUCCAAAAGCAGAAAGCAUCUUUGGCUGGCUGCAAUCAUGUACAGGUGUUGGUGUAUAGGUGUUUGUGUUCCUCUUGGUCAGGGUCUGGUGGUUUCGUUGUUGAGUUAAGCUUGUAUGGUGCAGCAAGGUACUACGUACGAUA